AAGAGGUAACAAUUAAAAUAUAGUGAUAUGGCAAAAACCAGUGCUUCAGUUGUUCUAGCUGUCCUUGUUGUAGCAUUAUUUCUGAAUGGCUAUAAUGCUGCUGAGAGUGUAGAAACAGAUAAUCAAUCUAAGAAAGCAGCAGUAGACGGAUGCUAUAGGAAUGGGACGGAAGCAUGUAGUCUUGUAAGGUGUUACGCAUUUUGUAAAAAGAUAGGCUAUUCUUUCGGCAUUUGUCCAGCGCCACCGCCAUAUGAGUGUUGUUGCGGUUGAGGAGUUAAGAGAUCUAUGUUUGAUAACUGUACAUUCUAUAUAUGAUUGUGCAUGUAUAUCAACAAAAUAGUCUUUAAGGUUCUUAUUAUAAUAAGUUGGAAAACACACUAUUGUAAGUUCAAUUACGAUGUAAUUUCCAAUAUUAAGAAUUGCCAGUAAUAAAGUGAAAUAUCCUACCACUUA